CUACUACACGAUGUCGCGGGCGUGAGUUGAGUUUACAUUCAGGGCACGGAGUGAAAACACGCACUAUUACACACUCUUUAACAACCCAAACACACACGCAUUACAGGAGGACAGGAUAAUGGCGUCUGCGAGUGUGGUGGGGCAGCACCCGGGUCCGCACAGACUGGACUCGGAACCUCAGCUGCUGCUCUUCAAGCUGCCCGGCAGAAAGAAAAUCACCCUGCCGAGGAAGCCGUCCUGGGAGAAGAUGAUGUUCAGAAAAAGCUCGGGGGUCAGUGGGGAGUGUGUGUCGGUCUCUGCUGAAGGAGCAGCUGGGACUCAACCCUCGUCUCCGGGACUGGAGGGAGAGACGGCGGCAAAGGGAGGGAAGAUGCCCGGGGAAAGAUGCGCUGCUCCGGCCGCCCCUUCUGCGCCACGUAGCCCGGGCCGGGACAGAGAGCAGGGUAGCACGGACUGCGACAGGUGGACCGCUCCAGAGAGUCGAACCGGUGACAUCUCGAAUGACUGCAACAGCAACAUCAGCGGGGACUUGAACCACAACACAGGGGGACGCAGGGGGACUUCGCUCAAGAGGUCUUGCAUCAACGUCAUGACAGGGGGAUCUGGAGCGCACCGGCACCGGGACGCGCCACACGGGAGAGCAGACAGCGGCAGUCUUCAGCUGGACAGGCUCACUCAGGGCAAGACUGGAGUCGUCAGGCUGGCUCGCACAGAGCCUCACCGCCGGGAGGCCUGGUCCAUCUUCCCCAGGUGUUUGGACCCCAGGGUGAGGACCGAGAGAGGAGAAGGACAUCGGUUCGAGGCCAAGCCUGUUACGCAGGACUGGUGUGACGCCUGCAGCCGUCAGAUUACCGCACAGGCACUCAAGUGUCAAAACUGCAGCUACACCUGUCACCUGGAGUGUGAGAGCCAGGUUCAGCUCGACUGCAACCAGAAGGACAGAGACUCCAAAGAAACUCCAUCUCCCAGAAGCCACUGCUAUUCCAAAGCAGCCCGGCACAAGCAGAAUGAAACAAAAGAGGAAGAAGAGGGAGGAACAAAGGAGCUGUCAGAAGAAGAUGUGCAGAAGAGGAUAGAAGAGUACAACGCUCAAGUGUCUGAAAAUGGCAUGAAACUGGCCUCAGAUGGAUCCUACACAGGUUUCAUUAAGGUCCACCUGAGGCUCAGUCGACCAGUCACAGUCCCCGAUGUGGAGGCGGCGGGCUCAGAGGGCGAGUGCAGGCAGACAGGAAGCAGCAAUCAGUUGCCAUCAGAGUUCCAGGAAGACGGUGGGCAGAGUGAGAAGAGAACGUCCUUCUACCUACCAUGCGACUGUGUGAAGCAGCUCCACAUCAGCUCACUGACCACCACCAGAGAGGUGAUCCAGGGCCUGCUGAAGAAGUUCAUGGUGUUGGACAAUCCUCGAAAGUUUGCGUUGUACCGGCAGACGCACCGCGACGGACAGGAUCUGUUCCAGAAGCUUCCUCUGUGUGAGCGUCCUCUCCUUCAGAGGUUGAUAGCGGGGCCUAAUCCAGAGCAGCUCAGCUUCGUCCUGAAGGAGAAUGAGACUGGAGAGGUGGAGUGGCAUGCAUUCUCUGUUCCCGAGUUACAAAACUUCCUGGUAAUCCUGGAAAAAGAGGAGGCGGAGCGUGUGCGGGCAGUGGAGCAAAAAUACACUGUGUACCGGAAAAAACUACAACAGGCCCUACAACAACAUGACCCCUGACCCCCCCCCCACCACCUGUUACCUUACGACCUCAGCCCAGGGAGAGACUGACCCUCCAUCUAUUCUGAGGCUUGAGCCGAAUUCAGAUGCUUCUUGACCCUCCACAUAUAUUCACCAAAACAUACAGUGUAUACACACACACACACACACACACACACACACACGCAUGCAUACACUUUCUCAGGACAAACCCCCUCGAUCCCCCCGUUUCAUGCAUCUACUCCCUGAGGAGAGACGAAAGCGACAUGAAAGACUUCAGGGUGUGUGUGGUCUGCUUGCUAAUUGGACAAGUGUUGUUUUCAUUGCCAAGGCCAGACGCACACACACACACACACACACACACACACACACACACACACACACAGAAAGCUCACAGCGCGAUCUGAAACUUGAAAUCUCAUUAGGGGACGGAUAAGAACCACUGCUGUUUCCCCCAUCUUCUGCUACUGUUGCUGCUGCUGCUACUGCAAGUGUUACUUAUGCAUGAGUCUCUCUCAGCUCAUCCCCCUGCACAUAGUGAGAAUUAAAACAGAAGGCAUGAAUCUUUUUUUUUAGCAUCUCCUGGAGAUGGAAGGACAAUCAUAGAGUGUUUUUUUUUUCUUGGAUUUGAUGUAUAAUUUUGAUGCAGGAAUAAAAGGCAUGGGGAAUUGUGAGGGAGGUGUGUUUUAAGGGGGGCUUUGCUUUAAGGAAUGGUGAGGAAAAGAAGUGAGAUAUAGUCUCUGAUUUCCUUUUUCUCGUCAAACCUUAAAAUGUAAAGAAACCAGUUCCACCGUAUACAGCUCCUUUUAAGACCAUUUUGUUCAAAAUCAACAUUUUUUUAUUUGUUCUUAUCAUUCCAGUGAAUUAAUCUCAAUCUGACUCAGAAAGCAUCCCCCUGCUCAAACACAAACCUAUUCUCAAAUCUGGACUGCGACUUCUUUUGUUCCAAUCCCAUCUUGCAUGAUCUCAAACCUCCUGAGCGAGGAGCUCCACACACCAUUGUAAAAACAUUCUUUAUGCUGUUAUUGUGCAUAGAUUGCAUUUGAAUGUGAGAGGAUUUUUACACCAAAGCAUUGAGGGACAGAUUUAUUGCCAGGAUCUUUAAAGGGAAAAGAGAACAUUUGAAGGGUUUGUCUUAUUAAAGGUGGUAUAAGUAGAAAUUCAACCAGUUUCUGUUUAUUUUGCACAUUUAGACGCAGGUGACUGAAUGGCCCACAAUUCUCAGACUGGGCCAGAAUUUCUGCUUCGCUUUUCUUUUAUCUCCCUGCCUUCCAUCUCCUUUAAAAAUAAAAAAAAUCAAUAUAAAAUCAAUAUUAAUGGCUAUGAAGUACCAAUGACGUGGUUGCAAUGCAUAUGUAUGAUGUAGACACUGGGAAAAGAGUGACAAGGUUUUAUAUGGUGAAUAUACUUUUGUUAUCAUUCCUGCUGGGUGGUGUGUGUAUGUGUGCGUGCGUGUGUUUGUGUGUGCGUUGCAUGCUCAAUCUAGGGCAGUGAGGACAAUGUGAAUAGUGCUUUGUAAUGAGUGUCUGUGUCUGAUCAGCACUCCCUCACUGGGCAUCACUUACUAGUAUAAAACAUGAAGAAAAUCCACUCUGAAAAGAGAUUGGUGAGCGUGCUUCAUUGAAUUGAUAAAAAUGUAUAAAAAGUACUGAUAAAUAAGACCUGUUGUCCAUAAGCACAUAACUCCUCCUCAAUAAAUCCACACAUGCACAUGUUUUUUCAAUCCCCACCACCCAAAGUCUGAGCUGUUCCUGCUGGCAGUGCCUUUUGUUUCAUGUGCUCCGGUGCUUGUCUGUCUGGUGUGUUUCAGCACACACGUGCCUGACUGGAUGUUUGUCUGGGUUCUUUUGCGUGUGUGCAAAUCAGUGUGUUUUGGGUGGUGUAGUGUUGUAUAUUUAAUUUCCAUUUUCUUUCCCUUUACACACAUGUCCUUCCAACAAUUCCUUUGUGUGUGUGUGCGAGUGUGAGUGUGAGUGUGAGUGUGUGUGAGGUGCGUGUUAUUUAUUUCAUGGUCCAACUCAUCCAUGUGAUAGUAUGUAGAGGAUGAUGAGUCUUAAUGCUUUUUAUUUUCAAUUUGUUUAGUUUUAUUUGAAGAAGUGUGUAUAACUAUAACAGUAGAACUGUACAGAAUAUUCAAAUGAAAUAAAAAGGUCAUCCCUUUACUGGAA